AUGUUUAUCAACAACAUCACCAAAACCAACAACAACACUAACAUCAACAAAAACAACAACAGCACCUUCACCACCAACAACUACCACACCAAAACCACCAACAACAACGACACCAAUACAACCAACAACAACAACAGCAAUACCUACAACAACAACAACACCACCAACAACAACAAAACUAAUACCAACAACAACAACAACACCAAUACCAUCAACAACCACACCAACAACAACAACUCCAAUUCCACCAACGACAACAACACCAAUACCACCAACACCAUCAACAACACCAAUACCACCAACAACUCCAAUUCCACCAACAACAACAACAACACCAAUACCACCAACACCACCAACAACACCAAUACCACCAACAACAACCACACCAAUACCAACAACACCAAUAUCACCAACAACAACAACUCCAAUUCCACCAACAACAACAACACCAAUACCACCAACAACAACACCACUAACAACAACAACAGCAACAACCACACCAAUACCACCAACAACCACACCAACAACACCAACAACAACAACUCCAAUUCCACCAACGACAACAACACCAAUACCACCAACACCAUCAACAACACCAAUACCACCAACAACUCCAAUUCCACCAACAACAACAACAACACCAAUACCACCAACACCAUCAACAACACCAAUACCACCAACAACUCCAAUUCCACCAACAACAACAACAACACCAAUACCACCAACACCACCAACAACACCAAUACCACCAACAACAACCACACCAAUACCAACAACACCAAUAUCACCAACAACAACAACUCCAAUUCCACCAACAACAACAACACCAAUACCACCAACAACAACACCACUAACAACAACAACAGCAACAACCACACCAAUACCACCAACAACCACACCAACAACACCAACAACAACAACUCCAAUUCCACCAACGACAACAACACCAAUUCCACCAACACCAUCAACAACACCAAUACCACCAACAACUCCAAUUCCACCAACAACAACAACAACACCAAUUACAACCAACAACAACCCACACACACCAACAACCACACCAAUUCCAACAACAACAACCACAACAAUACCACCAACAACAACCACACCAAUACCAACAACAACAACAACAACAUCAAUACAACCAACAACAACCACACAAACACCAACAACCACACAAAUUCCACCAACACCAACCACACCAAUUCCACCAACAACAACCACACCAAUUCCAACAACAACAACCACAACAAUACCACCAACAACAACACCACCAACAACAACAACAACAAUAAUACCACCAACAACAACCACACAAACACCAACAACCACACCAAUUCCACCAACAACAACCACACCAAUACCACCAACAACUACCCCCCAGACACCAGAGCCAACAACUACUCCUUGUAUUCCUACCUUACCACCAACAACAACAACACCAAUACCACCAACAGCCACACCAACAACACCAACAACAACAACUCCAAUUCCACCAACGACAACAACACCAAUACCACCAACAACAACAACCACACCAACAACAACAACACCAAUACCACCAACACCAUCAACAACACCAAUACCACCAACAACAACACCAACAACAACCACACCAACAACAACCACACCAAUACCACCCGAAACAACCACACCAAUACCAACAACAACACCAACACCACCACCAACAACAACACCAACACCACCACCAACAACAACACCAUUACCACCAACAACUACCACAGCAACAACAACACCAACACCACCAACUACAACAUCAACCACACCACCACCACCACCAACAACCACACCACCACCAACAACAACACUACCACCAACAACUACCACACCAUUACCACCAACAACAACCACACCUAA